UCAGGAUUUAAGACAACCCUUGAAAUUUUAUUCAAAUAAUUACCUUGUAUAUAUUUAUAUUUUUUGAAUAGUUUACAUAUCAGUUUUAUUGAAAAUAUGUGGAGUGUUCAGGCCUUGGUGGUGCAUCUCUUGCUGCUCGGCUCCAUCCUGAGUAUCUACUUUCAAUCCACCAUAUUGUCGGAUCUGGAGCCGUUAAGUACAGUUCGUGAUUUGGGCCUGGAACCGCCGGCUGAUCGACUAGUGGUCUUUGUUGUCGAUGGCCUGAGAGCAGAGUCUGUUUUGGCGGAUAACUGCAGUGCUGUUCCGGAUCUUCGUGAGCUGUUCGUUAAUCAGGGACUUGUGGGCAUCUCGCGCGUUUGUCCACCAACGGUGACCCGCCCGGGUCAUAUCGCCAUCUUCGGCGGAUUCAAUGAAGAUCCCACUGCAGCCCUCACCAACUUUGGUUGGAAUCCGUCGACCUUCGACACUGUCUUCAAUCGCAGCCGGAACGCUAUAGGCUGGACCCAGGAUGUGGUUGCCAAAGUGUUCACCCACUUGCCCACCGGCGGUGCACCAUUGCGCUUUGAAACGUUCUCCAGGUCGGACAUUUCGGGAAGACUUAAGUUGGACGAGUGGGUAUUUGGAAAGGUACGGAGCUUUCUGACUAAGGAGGAGAAUGUGCGGCCAUUGCGCAACACCACCUCUGUGGUGUUUUUCAUCUAUCUAGCCGAUAUUGAUCUUGCGGGCCACGCAUUCAUGCCCUACGGCUCCAAUUUCAAGGAAAAGCUGCACUUCACCCAAAGGGGAAUCCGGCAGACCUUUGAUCUCUUCGAAAGCGUUUUCAACGACAGCCGUACCGUUUAUCUAAUGACAGCAGAUCAUGGCAUGAAUGAUGAAGGCCAGCAUGGCGGUGGGGGAGAGCGCGAGGUAGAGACGCCCUUCAUUCUCUGGGGAGCCGGUGUCAAUCGCAAGGCUCCCGAUCCUGGCCAGAAUUUCACUGUGAAUAAUGAUGGACUAACUCUGCCCUUGUACCACUUGGAACAGACACAAUUCGCGCCGCUGAUGUCCGCUUUGAUUGGCCUGCCACCGCCCAUGAAUAAUGUUGCCCUACUGCCCCUGGGAUUCCUGAAUGCCAGUGCUGAAUAUGAGCUCCAGGUUAUGCACCUGAAUGCCAUGCAGUUGCUGGCCCAGGCUUCGGUUCUGAUAAAGCGUCAUGAGAACGGCAUUCUGUAUCUGUUGCUGCCGAAAUUUGAGAGUCUGGAUUCGGCAGAGAUUGAUCAGUAUCCGCAAAGAGUAAAAUAUCUGGUGAGCCAGGGAUAUUUCGAGGAGGCGCUGAAGAUAAGUCAGAAGAUAGCUAAGGUGGCGCAAAAUUGUUUGGAAUACUAUCACAGCUACUAUCACGGACCUCUGCUGGUGGCCACCACCGCCUCCUAUUUGGUGUGGUUCUACCUUCUGCUGGUGCAACUCACUCGGGAGUCGUACCACCCGAGAUCAGAGCGCAGAGGAUUCCUGACUUGGACCACGUUGUUGAUGGCAUUGGGAGGACUGAUACUCUUAGAGCUAAUGAUACUGCAGAGGAUUCCAUACCUGACGGCCUUCUAUCUGCUGCUGCCCUUUGGAAUCCUUACUCUGGCCCUGGCUGAGCGGCCCUUGAAAAGGAACUGGCUUUUGUGCCGCUUCCCAGCUGUUCAUCUAUCCAAGAUCGUUUUGCCCGCGGGCCUCCUGAUCUUAAUGGCCUUCCAUAACAGUCACAUUGGACUGCUCUACCUUCUGAUGGUGUGCCUUAACAAUCGUCGGGCCUUUCUCAACCCCACCAAGAGGUUAUUUUUCUGGCUUUGCCUGGUAAUCUUGCUGAGUGGAAUCCUGGUGGUGAAACAGAAUUCAAGUUUGGACUUUAUCCCCAAAGUCAUAAGCGUUUAUGUAGGUAAAAGCCAUGUGGUUUACUUCAGCAUGGUGCUAUCGGUGAUUCGUCCUCUGAUCCUGAGGCAUCGUCAUGACAAACGUGUUUGGAUCAUCAAUAUUGCAGCGCUACUGGCUACAGCAUAUGGAAUCUACCAGUGGGACUCGAAUCAGCCCGUGUGCACCUAUGUUUAUGCUGCCUGUUGGUCGUAUCUCGCCUUCGCCUUCCUCUCGAUCCCUUAUAGUGGAGCAGAGGAACUGAAGGGUCGUCUGGAGUUGAUCAUGUUCAAUAUGCUCACUGUACAUUUAAUGCUGACCAUAUCGAUGGCCUCGCUCUUUGUCCAGAUCAUGGUCACUGAGUUUGUAUUGGGCCUUGAACUUUACGAAGAGAACAACAUAUCAUGGGACGUUAAAGAUCAACGUAUGGAUCAGGAUAGUGAUGAAGAAGAUUACGAACUGGAGGAGCUCCAAAAUGAGAGACCCAUGAGUCCGCUGAAGCACCUAAGGCUAUCGUAUCGCUAUGCGGCCCUCAUUCUACUGUACUUCUACGUAUCGUUCUUUGGAACCGGACAUUGGUUCUUCAACUUUACGUUCAAACCCAUUACUACGCGACUGUUCUUCCCUCAAUUCUCCCUUCAUCUGAUUGCCGCCUUUAUUCUGCUGAAGAUAUUUAUUCCAUCAAUUAUCGUUAUGUCAAGCAUAUACGCUUUGAUAUCCUUUGGCCGCAAGAAUACCCGGUCAAUCUUCAUCUGCUUGUUCCUGAUGAACGACACCAUGAGCCUGUACUUCUGCUACUUUGUUAACAACAGAGGUUCCUGGCAGGAGGUGCGCGAAUCGUUGGACCAUCUCCUCGUGACCCAUGUGUUCAUCAUCCUUCUGCUUGUGUCAUCCUGGAUAGCCAAGGGUUUCCUUUACAACACCAAAGAUGAUAGGCCCCCGACUUCGGCAGAUGUCCUGGGCAUCGCCAAUGCUACGUCCCUGGUUGAAGACAGUCGCGUUUAGCUUUAUCAGAGUAAUGUGCCAAAAUUGUCCGGUUUUGUUUUUAAAAAUUUAUAUAACAUAUUUAACGCUGUUUUAAAAUAAAUUUUUUGGUCUAUA